ACCUCACCAGCCAAUUCCUCUCUUCAUCCCUCCUUCACUGGCCAAAUGCGCUUCUAUAGGACCAGGUCCAGACGUAGUCUGUUUGCAGCAUUUCUAUGCUUAGUUGCAGCCGUCUUGAUUUUCCUUUGUCUGUUCUCAUGCAGCUCGCCAAGCAUGCUCCGCAUUUACUUCUUGAAAUUCACAAGUGGGGCUAUCGAUGUGUACUAUGGGUGGCGGUACCAUUGCAUAGUGCAAGCGGGUCAGACGGCCUGUUAUUUUGACAACGUUAUUUUAUACCCAAUAGAUACUUUUACAGCGAACCUGUUCAACGCUACCUAUCCACAGAUGUUUGCUGAUCAGAUUACUAUGGACCCAGCAACCCAACCAUUAUUCACAGCUACGCCUCUUCAUAACCCUCAAAUUGUCGCAGCUGCUUUCCUCUGUUUGAUCUGCUCUAUCAGCGCCCCAUUGGUGGCCAUAGCCCGAGUCACCACCAAAAAAGUCGAGGACAAGGCUUACGCACGAGGUUUUUUGGCCCUAUUGGGUGCAGCCCUGGCCAUGAUUCUUCUGACCUUGGUAUCCAUGCUUUAUGAUAACGGCAAGCAGAUCCUUAACUUGGAGUUUCCCCAUAUUCAAGCCGAUACAGGCAACGGCAAAUCCAUCGUAGGUAUCACGUUUGGCUUACUCUUUGCUGCAUCGGCACUCUUGUUGCGAGGAUGUUUCGAAGAAACCGAUAGUGGGUAUAGUGAGUUGUAGUGAAGCUACAUGUGCAAACACGACGGGUUGAUAUUGGAUUCUUUG